UCAUCUUCUUUCAUUAUGCGUUCUUCAUCUUCUCUUGUAUCCCUUGAUCUCUCCUCAAAUCUGUUGAAAUCAUCAACUAUAUUUUACUGGCUCUUUAACUCUACCACCAAUCUUCAUAACCUUGACCUUGGUUAUAACAUGUUAGAAGGUCCCAUUCCAGAUGGAUUUGGGAAAGUAAUGAACUCUCUUGAAGUUCUUUACCUAUCCGAUAACAAACUGCAAGGCGAGAUUCCAUCUUUCUUUGGUAACAUGUGCGCAUUGCAGAGUUUAGACCUCUCAAAUAACAAGUUGAACGGUGAAUUUUCUAGCUUCUUCCGAAAUUCAUCAUGGUGCAACAGAGACAUAUUUAAGAGUUUGUACUUAUCUUGUAACCGGUUGACUGGCAUGUUACCUAAAAGCAUUGGAUUGCUAUCUGAGUUGGAGUAUCUUAACUUGGCUGGGAAUUCUUUGGAGGGUGACGUCACUGAAUCCCAUCUUUCUAAUUUUUCCAAAUUAAAAAAAUUGUACUUAUCAGAGAGCUCGUUGUCUCUGAAAUUUGUCCCGAGUUGGGUUCCUCCAUUCCAAUUAGAAUCAUUGGGAAUCAGAUCUUGCAAGUUGGGCCCCACUUUUCCUAGUUGGCUCAAGACUCAAAGUUCUUUGUAUAUGCUUGAUAUUUCUGAUAACGGGAUUAAUGACUCUGUACCAGACUGGUUUUGGAAUAACUUGCAAAAUAUGAGAUUCUUAAAUAUGUCUCACAAUUAUAUCAUUAGUGCAAUUCCUAAUAUAUCAUUGAAGCUUCCUAACAGACCGCCUAUACUUCUGAAUUCCAAUCAGUUUGAGGGUAAAAUUCCGUCAUUUUUACUACAAGCUUCCGAGCUGAUGCUCUCUGAAAAUAAUUUUUCAGAUUUGUUUUCAUUCUUAUGUGACCAAAGCACAGCUUCAAAUUUGGCCACUUUAGAUUUGUCACGCAAUCAAAUAAAUGGGCAACUGCCAGAUUGUUGGAAAUCAGUAAAGCAAUUACUGUUCCUUGAUUUAAGCAGCAAUAAAUUGUCAGGGAAGAUUCCUAUGUCCAUGGGCGCCCUUGUUAAUAUGGAAGCCUUGGUUUUACGAAACAAUGGUUUAAUGGGUGAGUUACCUUCUUCUUUGAAGAAUUGCAGCAGUUUAUUUAUGCUGGACCUGAGUGAAAAUAUGUUGUCGGGUCCAAUACCAUCAUGGAUUGGAGAAAGUAUGCAGCAAUUGAUAAUCCUGAACAUGCGAGGAAAUCACCUCUCUGGAAAUCUACCCAUUCAUCUCUGUUAUUUGAACCGUAUUCAAUUGUUGGAUCUUUCAAGGAAUAAUUUGUCAAGAAGAAUUCCAUCAUGCUUAAAGAAUUUCACUGCAAUGUCUGAACAGAGCAUCAACUCAAGUGACACUAUGUCUCGUAUAUAUUGGUAUAAUAGCACUUACUAUGAUAUUUAUGGUUACUUUUGGGGAGGUUAUACGCUUGACAUAACAUGGAUGUGGAAAGGUGUGGAACAGGGGUUCAAGAAUCCAGAGUUAAAGCUCAAGAGCAUUGAUCUUUCCAGUAACCAUUUAACCGGUGAAAUACCAAAGGAGGUCGGAUAUUUGCUUGGGUUAGUUUCUUUGAAUCUAUCAAGAAACAAUUUGAGUGGAGAAAUUCCUUCUCGGAUUGGGAAUUUAAGGUCACUAGAAUCACUUGACUUGUCAAGAAAUCACAUCUCUGGGAGAAUUCCUUCUUCUCUUUCUGAAAUUGAUUAUUUGCAAAAAUUAGACUUGUCACACAACUCUCUUUCUGGAAGAAUCCCAUCAGGAAGACAUUUUGAAACCUUUGAAGCCUCUAGUUUUGAAGGAAACAUUGAUCUUUGUGGCGAACAACUUAACAAAACUUGUCCUGGGGAUGGAGAUCAGACAACAGAAGAGCAUCAAGAAACAGCAGUCAAAGGUGAUGAUUCAGUUUUCUAUGAGGGAUUAUACAUGAGCUUGGGGAUUGGAUACUUCACUGGAUUUUGGGGCUUAUUAGGGCCAUUACUACUGUGGCGUCCUUGGAGAAUUGCUUACAUGAGGUUUCAGAACAGAUUAACAGACUAUGUAUAUGUAUGCUUAUUGUGAAUGUGGGAAUUGUUGCUGAUCGCUCCAAGGCAAAAAGAUGUGCUGCAGACUUCUGAUCAGAGAAGAAACCAUUGUUGGCAGCUACAAAUGCGAGAUAAUUUCUUUAAUAUAGGAGUUUACAAUGUUUUGUAUUUAAGUAAUGAACUGCAAAAUCUUGUUUCCAGAAAGUUAGUAUGCUAUUGUUGUAUUUAUUGUAUUUGUAAUGCUGUUUGUUUUUCAUUAUUGUGCUUAGAUCUGUGAUAUCUAAAAUUUCACCACUUCAUAUUCAUCUUCAACAAUGCUUUCUACUAUAUUCUCCUAGUGCAGCUAUACUUAACUGUGAAUCAAAUUUGUGCAUGAGAAGAAGAAUGCAAGAUACCCUAUUUGUUCCUA